AUGUUAUCCUCUUUGCGACGAGUGUUCCGUUCUAAGACCGCUCUAGUUCAUGUUGAUGAGACACCUAUUCCUGAGCCAUCGCCACAACUUUUGCCCCGAACUCGAACAAAUCACUUGUACUCCGGUAUAAAGGUCCUCCAUAGUUCUAAAAAUGACGAUACUGAUAUCGUUUUUGUCCAUGGGCUUAAAGGAGACUGUCUAAAAACAUGGACAGGCAAAAGCUCAAAUGAGCCAUGGCCAAAAGCGCUCCUUCCGCUUGAGCUGGGUACUGCUCGUAUUCUUACUUACUCUUAUGAUGCAAUUGUCGUCAGCAAGGAUAAUGUUCCGUCACUGAACAGAAUCUCCAACCAUGCGUCUAAUCUCGUGGCGGCUCUUGCAUCGCUUCGACAGGGCGAUGACACAGUAAGUGUUGGAACCUCGUUGUUGGAUUCAACUAACAUACUCAGAACAAAAGACCCAUUAUCUUCGUUUGUCAUAGUCUGGGUGGACUUGUGUCCAUCCCAACUUCUUUCGCCCAUCCACUUACACAGAAACCAGGCACUUGUAGCAGCAAAACAGCGAUCCGAGCAACAUCUACAAGACAUUGCAAACUUCACCCGGGGAGUCAUAUUUCUUGGGACUCCACAUCACGGAUCAAGUCUCGCCAAGAUGGGAGAGCUGGUUUCACGCUCUGUCGGAAUGAUUAAAGACACGAAUAGUGACAUUGUCCAAGUUCUCACACCAGAUUCGGAGGUCUUGGCUCGAAUUAAGGACAGCUUCCAAGCUCUUGUCAUGACUCGCAGCAAAACUGAAACCAAUACGAUAGAAAUCACAUGUUUCUAUGAGGAAUUGCCCAAGAAGGGAGUAGGACUGGUCGUCCCGAAGCAUUCCGCCAUACUUCCCGGGUAUAUCUCGAUUGGAAUCCAUAAGAACCACUCGGAUAUGACCAAGUUUAAUACUGCGGAUGAGCCUGGUUUCGUUGCUAUAUGUGGCGAGCUCAAGCGUUGGAUCAAUAAGAUACAACGGUCUCAGGGAAAUUUUCAGAAGAAACAAGUAGCGCAUUGUCUCGUACCAUACUCUUAUAAUCCAGAUUUUGUUGGGAGAUCCGAGACCCUCGAACUGCUCAAGACCCAGCUUGGCCAUAUAGGCACUGGCAGCCAAAGCAAGACCCAUCGAAGAGCCGCACUCCAUGGGCUUGGCGGGGUUGGGAAAACCCAGAUUGCACUGGCUUAUUCGCGAUGGCUACAAGGUGUCUCCAAAACCACAUCGGUUUUUUGGGUCCAUGCCAGUAGUACUGAGCGAUUCUCAGAAGCGUAUAAUAAGAUCGCCAAAGCAUGCAAGAUACCUGGUCAUGAUGACCCGAGUUUUGAUGCCUUGUCUACUGUCAAGGAUUGGCUCGAAAGUGAUGAAAGCGGACAAUGGAUGAUGAUCGUUGAUAACGCUGACAAUAUGCAACUAUUCUUCCCACAACAAGCCGAUUUGCCAAAUUCCAAGUCUGGUGAAGAGGAAGACAGCCUUGCGAAAUUCAUACCAGAGUGUGUGCAUGGCACUGUCCUUGUCACAACGAGGAACAUGCAAGUGGGAUCAAGGCUAUUAAAGGGCAAGCGUCCUAUUGAAGUGGGCAAAAUGGACGAGUAUGAGGCGACUCAGCUCUUGCGACAAGGACUACACCAUGGAGACGAGUAUUUGGAGACUCUUUUACAACUGUCGUCCCGAUUGGAAUUCCUCCCACUUGCACUAGUCCAGGCAGCUGCUUUCAUACAGGAGAACUGUAUUACAGUUGAUGAAUACCUCGAACUGCUUAACGGCAGUGAGGAUGAUAUCAUACAACUACUAGAUGAAGAGUUCGAGGCCGUGGGUAGAGACUCAGAUACCCCUCGUGCCGUCGCACAGACCUGGAUGCUAUCUUUUCAGCAGAUUGAGAAACAGUACCCCUUCGCCGCUGAAGUUUUAUCCUUGAUGAGCUUGUUCGAUCGGCAAGCUAUACCUUUAGAGUUCCUCGAGUUCUACGGUGAAGAUAAGAAGCGCGCAGAGUCCAACAUCAGGAUGCAACUUGUCAAAGCACUUGGAGUUCUUAAAGCAUUUUGUUUCAUUCGCGCUGAGAGAGGUGGCGAUCACAACAUGCAUCGUCUUGUGCAGUUGGUGACGCGAACUUGGCUGUCCAGGAAAGGCAGAUUGGCUGGGUUCGCUAGGGAAGCUAUGGAAGCCGUCUCAGAUUUCUAUCCAUACGCCGACUUUGAGGAUAUUCCGGUAUGCACCGCAUAUCUUGCACAUGCAUAUUCUGUGCUUGACGCACAAAAGACAGAAUCGGACGAAGAUAGGCUCCUCAGGGCAUCACUACUUCACAGAGUCGCAUCAUUCUGCAGAUAUCAGAGUCGAUUGUCCGAAGCGGAGAGACUACAACGAGAGGGACUCCAGAUUCGAAAGGAGUUGCUUGGAGACGACCACUUAGAGACCCUAGUCCUUACCUCUGACCUUGGAUCAACUUUAGGGAAACAAGGCCGAUGGGAAGAAGAAGGAAGGCUCUUUAUGCUCGUCUUAGAAACAUGGAAGCGACUUAGAGGCGAAGAGUACCACGAAACCCUCGAUGCCAUGAACAACCUUGCUGUGAACUAUCACGCGCAAGGCAAAACGAACGAAGCCAGAGAGUUGCACACACAUGCUUUUGAGGUUAGGAAACGUGUACUUGGGGCAGAUCACGUUGACACGAUCCGAUCACUGGAUAACCUCGCAACGUUAUUCGAAGGGAAAGAAGCAGAGGAGAUGCAAAGAACGGCGGUAGAAGCUAAAAUCAGAAUUUACGGCGAGGAGCAUCCCGAAACACUCCACAGCAAAGGAAAUCUAUCUUCAACGCUCGCUGAUCUAGGCGAGCUGGGAAAAGCCGAGGAGAUCCGAAUAGAAGUUCUGGAAGUCAGCAAAAGAGUCCUCGGCGAAGAACACUCCUUCACUUUGGGGAGCAUGUACAAUCUUGGUGCUAUUUGGACAUUGUUUGGAAAGGUAUUUAUGGAUGAUAGACAUUUGUAUCCUGAUGUAGAUAUGCUUGGGGAUGCGAAGAAGUUAUUGCAGGAGUGUGUCCGGCUGCGGACAAAGGUACUUGGGGCUGAUCAUUUUGAUACUCUGGAUGUAUGUGAGCGUCUGAAGGACUGUGAAGAGGCAAUAGAAAUGGCGGAUAGGCUUGAUGCCAAUGCGAAGGCAGUUGAUGUAAAUAGUCAGGUGGAAGUUUAG